AUGGCUCCUAAUCCUAGAUCAACAAAGGCCUCAUUGAUUUCAGUGGUUAUCAAUUUGUUCCCGACUGGUGCUGAGGAAUUUGUUUCCAACCCAAAAGCUGGUAAACUUUAUUGUGCAAAAUAUCCUGAAGACGAUAACUGGUAUCGAGCUAUUGUAGAAGAAGUAUUAGACAGAAAGGUUAAGGUGUUCUAUGUUGACUACGGUAAUAGAGAAGUGAUUUCUGUGAUUAGUUUGCGUGAACCUACUAAGGCCAACCCACAUAUUGUGACCUUACCAUACCAAGCAGUACUAUGUAGAUUAUCCGGUAUUCCUAUACAGUCUGAUGUAAUAGAGUGGAUGGGUCGUCUAUUACAACUGGUUACUGUGGAUUCUGACAUAACUAUCCAGGUUGAUCAAGAAGCUAAAGGCAAUAAUCCCAUUUGUGUGAGACUAUACCUGGGUAAGACAGAGACCAGUUUGAAUGAUAUACUAAUAGAUGAACAUAAACCAUCAGUUGUGGAUGGAGCAAACAUUCCACUUCCUGAUGACUCUGAAACAUCGUCGUUCACUGAGGAAUUUGCCUCCGCAAGUAAUACUAGUCUAAACAGUACUGAUCCUAAACUGGAAGCAAGCAUGGAAUCAAUAAAUUCAGAUAACUCAUACAUGGAUGAUACACUGGAGUAUCUUGGUAACCAUGGCGAUACUAAAGUUACAAAUGAAUCAACUGUAUUUGAAAGUGAUAAUGUACUAUAUAGGCUAUCUGAUUAUGAUAAGUUGCCGUUACCGCCACCUCUCUCCAUACCUGAUGUUGGUGAAUACAUGGAUCUUCAUGUAUCCCUAGUGACUGACCCAACUAAUUUUAUGUGUCAGCCGUGGAAUUCUUACGAUGAUUUUGACCAUUUGGUUGAAAGUAUGAAGACAUUCUAUUCAACACACGAAUGUACGUGCCCCAAAAUAAAGGAGGGUGGAGUUUACGCAGCAUUAUAUGAGGAUGAUGGUCUCUGGUACCGAGUACAGGUGAAACAUGUGUUAAAUGACUGCCUAGUUGCAAUAUACAUGCUGGAUCUUGGACACUAUGAUGCAGUAACCAAAGAUAAUAUGCAACCUUUGAUCUCAGAAUUCAGGAAACUACCAUUCCAAGCAAUAACUGCAUGUCUUGCAGGUGUGAAGCCACCUGGAAACCACACAAAUUUUUCUGAUCAAGCAACAAACCGUUUCUUUGAACUAGCCUAUCGCAAGGAAUAUGUUGCGCAUAUAGUUAACAAGAUAGCAGUAUCCCAGCGGGAAAUGAAGUUGGAGGUGGUCUUGAUUGACACCUCACAAGAAAAUGUUGAUAUCUAUAUUCAUCGUCUACUCAUUGAAGAAGGACAUGCUGUUGGUACUUCCGAAAAGAGGUGACGUAUUCACCGAAGUGAUACAGUUGAACCAAAUCACCGCUUGCCUUACUUUGAAAACAUAACGCCC